GCAGCUUGUACCAUCCAGCUUCAGCCUCCGGAGGAAGAAGAUGGGGCCGAUAAGCUUCUCCUCAAUGUUGGCCAAUGGCUGCCGGAGUUUCAGUGCGCCUGCGGCCCUUGUGCGCACGUUAGCACUCACCCACGUUGCUCUUAGUGAACACUCCAACAGCUACAGCUUUUCUUGGAGUUCGAAUAAACGAAAAUCUGCACGUCAGUCCCUGAAACAAGAUGUUUCGCAGCCAACUACCGUUUCUUCUGCAAAUGGCUACCCUGAAUAUACUCGGUUGCUUCCAUGUCCCUCAGACAAUGGAUCAUCAAGAAUCGAGCACUUGGUUGUUUCAGAAGGGGGCCCUGUACUAGAAUAUACCUGCAAAGUUCUGGAUCUUCCUCUUCAGUUUGUUGCAGAUCUCAUCCAUUUUGGAGCUGUAUAUUAUGCCCUUGUCUGUCCACGGCCCCCUCCAACUGCAACCCCAGAGCAGAUGAGGGUAUUUAAAGAAGUUACAGCACCAUCAGUACUAAAAGAUAGAGCUUCCAUGGAAGGAAAAACUGUAAGAGAAGCACAGAAGACUUUCCGCAUAACACAUCCAGACCAAUUUGUUGAAACUGGAAUUCAUGUACACCCAAAGCGUUUUCCUAGGUGCUAUGAAAUUGACUGGAAAUCAAGAAUUGUAGCUGUGACUGAUGAAUUCGUGGUUUUGGACAAACCUGCUGGUACAACAAUAGGAGGAACUACAGACAACAUCGAAGAAAGUUGUGCAACCUUUGCCACUCGUGCCUUGGGACUAACAAUGCCCCUGAUGACUACACAUCAGAUUGAUAAUUGUACAGAAGGAUGUGUUGUCUUAGCUAGAACCAAGGAGUAUUGCUCAGUUUUUCACGGAAAAAUCAGAGAGAAAAUGGUGAAGAAGCAUUAUCUUGCUCUUGCCGCUGCCCCUGUGCCAAUUGGAACAAUUACUCACUACAUGCGUCCAAUUAACAUGGCUCCAAGACACAUUUCAGAAGAUUUCAUGGAACGGUGGAGUUUGUAUCAACUUGAGGUCAUGGAAUGCAAGGAGGUUCCCUGGCCAAGUUCUGUUGUUGAACAGAAAUAUUGUGUUGAAGACUGUGGGUGGCCUUCAAAAGAAUAUGCAUAUGAGUGUAAAAUCAACCUUCUGACUGGGCGGACUCAUCAGCUUCAGCCUCUGGAGGAAGAAGAUGGGACCGGUGAGCUUCUCCUCAAUGUUGGCCAAUGGCUGCCAGAGUUUCAGUGCGCCGGCGGCCCUUGUGCGCACGUUAGCACUCACCCACGUUGCUCUCAGUGAACACUCCAACAGCUACAGGCACGUUAAGGUGGCAUGGUUUUCUCGGAGUUCGAAUAAACGAAAAUCUGCACGACAGUCCCUGAAACAAGAUGUUUCGCAGCCAACUGCCGUUUCUUCUGCAAAUGGCUACCCUGAAUAUACUCGGUUGCUUCCAUGUCCCUCAGACAAUGGAUCACCAAGAAUCGAGCACUUGGUUGUUUCAGAAGGAGGGCCUGCACUAGAAUAUAUCUGCAAAGUUCUGG